CGGGGGGCGCUCCGCGCAUGCGCAGCGCGGCACGAAGCCGGAGCGGCGGCGGCGGUGGCGACGGGGAAAUGGCGGCCGCGGGGCUGGCGGCGCCGGAGGGCGGCUCCGCCGUGAUGCCGCUGGGCGCCGCGGUGGCGACGGCGGCGGCGGUCUGUCCUCCUCCGGCGGGCCCCGGCUCGUGGAGCCGUUCCUUGGACCGAGCUCUGGAAGAAGCGGCGGCCAGCGGCACGCUCAGCUUGAGCGGCAGGAAGCUCCGCGACUACCCGCGGGCCAGCGCCGCCAACCACGACCUCAGCGACACCACCCAGGCCGAUUUGUCACGGAACAGACUGUCAGAGCUUCCAGCAGAAGCAUGUCACUUUGUCUCCCUUGAGAGCCUUAAUGUGUACCAGAACUGCAUUCGAUAUAUCCCAGAGGCUGUUUUGAACUUACAGUCUUUAACAUUUCUAAAUAUCAGCCGAAACCAGCUUUCAACAUUGCCAGUACACCUCUGUAGUCUACCACUAAAAGUUUUGAUAGCAAGUAAUAAUAAAUUGGUUUCAAUACCUGAAGAAAUAGGACAGCUCAGACAGCUGACAGAGCUUGAUGUGAGCUGUAAUGAAAUACAAACAAUACCUCCGCAGAUUGGCAAUUUGGAAUCCUUACGGGACCUAAAUGUCAGAAGAAAUCAUCUGGUGCGUUUACCUGAAGAGCUCGCUGAGUUGCCUUUGAUUCGGUUAGAUUUCUCCUGCAAUAAAAUAACAACAAUCCCAGUUUGUUAUAGGAACCUCAGACAUCUGCAAACCAUCAUGUUAGAGAACAACCCUCUCCAGUCACCCCCUGCACAGAUAUGUAUAAAAGGAAAAAUCCACAUAUUUAAAUACCUGAAUAUAGAAGCAUGCAAGAUAGCUCCAGACUUGCCCGAUUAUGAUAGGAGACCCAUGGGAUUUGGAUCUUGCCAUGAGGAACUUUAUUCCGGUCGUCCAUAUGGAGCACUUGAUUCUGGCUUCAACAGUGUGGACAGUGGAGACAAAAGAUGGUCAGGGAAUGAACCAACAGAUGAGUUUUCAGACCUCCCUUUACGUGUGGCAGAAAUCACUAAAGAACAGAGACUGCGAAGAGAAAGUCAGUAUCAAGAAAACCGGGGGAGCACAGUUGUAACUAACGGUGGAGUGGAACAUGAUCUCGAUCAGAUCGACUAUAUUGAUAGCUGUGCCACAGAAGAGGAGGAGGAAGAGGUGAGGCAACCCAAGUGCAUGGACUCAGACAGCCUCAGCUCACAAUUCAUGGCAUAUAUUGACCAGCGGCGAAUCUCUAAUGAGGGCUCCCCAGUAAAACCUGUAUCCCUAAGAGAAUUUCAAAAAACGGAAAACAGAUACUUACACCAAAAUAGGGAUACUGAUGAAUUACGAAGACCUGAAACUCUAAAUUUGGUGCAGGACAGAGAGCAUCACCAAGUACUAAGGAGUUAUGUGGACAGGACAGAGAGGCCCCCAGCUGAUUCACCGUAUUUUCUCUCUCUAUCAAGUCACCACAGUCAGGUGCCCAAUACAGAUCCCGAGCUGCACCGCAGGCACAUAGAGCGUACCCGUCGAGAGGCACAGCUAGCAGCACUUCAGUACGAGGAGGAAAGGAUGAGAACGAAACAGAUCCAGAGAGAAGCUGUUCUUGACUUUGUUAAACAAAAAGCAUCUUUAAGUACCCAGAAGCAAAGUCCUUUGGAUAGUGAGUGUCCCUUUCCAUCCAGAAGGUCUCAGCAUACUGAUGAUAGUGCCUUGUUAGUGAAUGGCUUUGAGCCUCUCUUUGUCUUUGAGAUUGACAGUAACACCAAUACCAUUAAAAGAAGGCCAGGGACUCGCAAACAGUCACUCUCAGGGUUGAAUCAAGAGAGCUGUGCUACUAGCCUGCCCAAUGCUUCUACCUUCAGUCCUGUCAAGAGUGAUGACAGAUCUACCAUCUCUCCUGGCUCACCUACCACUCAGACAGUCCACCUUUCCCCUCCAUAUCCUGGUCAUGCAGCCCCGCCUUCCUAUAGAAACCCUUCCCAGCGACCUGAGAGUUUCCUUUUCCGAACAGCUGUCAGGGAUGAAGCAAACAAAGUGGUUACUUCACCUUCUACACACGCCUUGUCUCCCGUUAAUGACUGCGCAGACCCCAGAGUCAGACAAAACUCCAAACAGCGUGAAGAGGAGCUGGAGCUAAUAGAGCAGCUCCGUAAGAAUAUUGAAUCACGGUUGAAAGUGUCACUGCCCAGUGAUCUUGGAGCAGCUCUCACCGAUGGUGUUGUUCUGUGCCAUUUAGCUAAUCAUGUGCGUCCUCGGUCUGUUCCCAGCAUUCAUGUCCCCUCACCUGCUGUUCCUAAACUUACGAUGGCAAAAUGCAGACGAAACGUGGAGAAUUUCUUGGAAGCUUGCAGAAGGAUUGGAGUACCUCAGGACAAUCUUUGUUCCCCUUCUGACAUUCUUCAGCUAAACCUCAGCGUUAAAAGAACAGUUGAGACUCUUCUUUCCCUGGGGACAGAUUCAGAAGAAUCCAGUCUUGUCUCCCUUUCCAUUCAGCUCUGGGGCUUUGUGGUGUUUUACUGUACUCUAAUGCUAACGCUCUGUAUGGUCUAUCGCUGGGUCUUUUUUCUCUAGCUGAAGGAUAGUGUCGCUGCUUCCUCCCUCCAGCGCUUGGUAAAGGAUUUGGGGUUUUGUCAAGACCCCGUGUAUGAAGCGCUUUCUUUCCCACUUAUGGGAUAGAGGUAACAAGUACGGUGUGGAAACACACUGGUGUGUCCACACCACCAUCUGUGACGUAACUCACAUUUGUAUUUGCUGUGUGAUAUUUAGCAGAUGUAAUGCGAAGGGGGGAAGUGCUGUCCAUGGGCUAGAGCAAGGGACUGAGGGUUAGGGACGUGUAGGUGCGUGCUAUAGUCUGACUGCUGCUGAGUGAUGUAGCACUGGGAAAACUGCAUUGUCAGUUUGUGCCUCGAUUUCCCUGUCUGUAUAAUAGGAAUUGCACCACUUUGGUAAAUUGCUUCAGGAUUAUCUGAUGAAAAAUGUUAACGAAUGCGAAGUAUUUCUUCUCAACAUUAGUGUUCUUGUUGAGAUCUCACAGUCUUAGGAGACAUGGUCUGAUAAGUUUUGUCCACAAGACUUUGGGGUUUUUUCUAGCUCCUUAUCCUGCUUCUGAGGAGAUACAACUUUCACGUUUGUAGACUCUGGUGUAUUACUUCUCAGUCAGGAUUUUUAAAAUAACUGUCAGUGAAUCCUGAGCUACUUGGGCUUUGUAACAGGUCAAGCAGGAAAUUUUCGGAGAGAGUGAGCUCUUCUGUCAACUCAGAGGGAACUUUUCUGGCACAGAAGGAGAAAACUUUAAGGUUCUAUUGGAUGCCACAGGAUUGCUGCAGCAUUUUACGGUGCUCUGACAAAAACUUAACAAAGGCUUCUUGAGUUGCCACUCAGCUGUAGGAGCCCCAGACUAUGCUUAUUCCCUUCUUCCCGCUAUCCAGUCAUUUUCAGAAACUUGUGUAUCACGCAGUUGCAGAAAUACAAGUCCUGGCUGCACAUACAGUUCCUUCUUCACUGUUUUACAAAACUCAGGUAGUCUUCCACAACACUCAAAGCUUUUCCCUCCCCUGGAGAAGCAUCCUGGCUCAUUAAUGCAUUUCUCAGGGACACCUCCAAACUUCAGGGCCCUCCUCAUGUCAUGUACAAAAGACCAUGUCUCCUCAGAGUGUAGGUCGGUUCAGGGAACUCCGUUCAGAGCUCAGUUACAGGUAAGUGUUAAGUGAAAUGGCUGUUCUGAAUGUUGUUUCAAUAAAUUUCUGCUAUAUCUGAAUAUCCAGUAAAUGGCUUGUAAGCCCUGUCCAAGUGGUGUUAGCAUUCCAGCAUUAGCCUGGCACAAACUCCGAAGCACUGUUUAAGAUACGCAGGAGUUUGGCUGCAGAUGAGGUCACUACCAGUAAAGAUGUGUUGUGUACAUGGAUCUCACAAGCUCUUGUAACAUAAAAUGAGUAUUUAACGAAGGAGCAAGUAGAGGAGUUAAUGCCCUCUUCCUGAACCACACUGUGACUGGCACAAAGCGUUCUGUCCAAGCAAAACAUUUCUGCUGCAAGAGGGGACCUUUGGCAGGGGGGAGAGAUUAUUUUAUUUUUCAACAAGCUAUUUUUGCACUGUUUACUGGUGUGAACUGAAAUGAACUCGGUUCCUAUGUUUCUUAACUUCUUCUAAUGAACACUGUGAUAAAAGCUGCAAGGGGUCUUAUACUAACAGUGCCUUCCAGUCUUUAAAUUUUGUUUGUCAUGGCUGUCUCUGUGGUAUGGAGUCAUUCCAAAGCUUCUCCCCCUUAUCUAUUUGCAUACAUAAGAAAAAUGAUAAAUAUUUGCUCCAGUUUACAAGUAUUUCUCAAAAAGCACAUUUUUUUUUUUCAAAAUAACAAUUUUGCUGAAAGAAAAAUGCAUUUCGGCUUGAUCGUCUGGCUUACUGCAAGAAUUUGUCUGGGUUAAUUUGCUUUUUCUCCACUCUGAGCUUUGUGGGAGGUGUAUUGGCUGCUGUUAUUCUGAAGGAUUUAAUAUCAAAAAAUACCAGUAAAGAUGCAAAGAGUGGAAAAUUCAUAUUGCAGUGGAAAUAACAUGUGAAAAGGGAAAUCUCUGCAGCUCUAUAGGAAGGACACAAUUUGGUUAUUUCUAGAGAUACAGAGGACUGUUGGACAUGCAUCCUGUCUCUGGAUGAUUGUUGUGGGGUGAGGAUGGCCCAGGUGUGCCAAGGAUUUAUGUAGGAUGAGGCUUUAAAUCCACCUGAUACUGAGAAUAGCACAAUUCUUAAUAAACGAUUUGAAACCUCUUUUUGCACUUGGUGUAUUACUCUUACUCUUCAGAAUGGUUGUGGAAGUGACCUGUUAAGUAAGCUGCUUUCUGAAAGGUUAAAAAAAAAAAAAAAAAGGCAGUAGUGACUGGUACAUAAUAUCAGAGGGAUAUUUGCCCUUAAACACUAUCAAUUUCUCGUUGCCUUGAACAGGAGAAAUUACAUUUUCGACAUCUAUUAUCAAAGUUAUUCGUACACAGUAGCAAGUCGAGGGGGUUCCUUCAAAAAACAAGCUUUUUUUUUUUUUAUGCAUCUCCUGAGGAAUUUGGGAAAUCGAGACCAGGCCAUACAUCUGGGCAGAAGGAUCUCAGAUGUGCAACGUCUCCUUACGAGAACUGAUUUUAAGCGUGACAUUUCCUGUUAGCCUUGUUGCACAGUGUUUCCAUGGCACACAUUAGUACUUCAUUCUCUGCCUUAAAGUUGGUAUUCACUUGGUAACUGAACAAGGCUUGCUAUGUGAUGACUCUCAAAAAGUCAAUUAUGUUUGGGAAAGGAAGCCGUGGUUCCUUCUCUCCUCUGCAGAUUCAUGUUGAGGCGAAGCUUUCCCCCUCCUUAAGCCAGUCUAAUUUUGGUUUCAUAAACUGCUACCAUUUAAGUGUGAGCAGAGAUAAAGGAUUUUACUGUUUCGCAGUUUUCCUAUAAUCCUUUUUCAAAUUCUCAUUAUUCAUACACGUUUUCUGUACGAUGCCUGAUAAAUAAACACGAUUAGCCUAAGAACUCUUGUUUUGAGUAAUCACGUUCAGUUCUUUAUUCACCAGUAGAAAUUUCAUUUCAUUUGUGUGCGCGCUAGCUGUCCGUAGCAUUUCAUAUUUCAGUCUCCUUUUGCUUAAUUUUUCGUUUCGGUUGAGUGUUUUUUCAUCCA